AUGGAAAAAUUCACAGAUUGGAGAGAUAAGGGUACUGGGAUUGCUCCAUUUCUACCACCUACGAUAAAAGGUCCAGGAAUCGGAUUACAAAUAGUUUAUACACUGUAUAUUGCUCUGAGUUGUAUAUUAUUAUCACCUGUUAUACUGUUGUAUUCAAUUAGUGGCAACAGCUCGUUGUUGUUGGUUAUAUUGAAAGUUUUAGUUGGUUGGAAGGCAGAUAUAGUUAUUCAAGAUGUUAAACGGAAGGAUAUACAGCCUGCUAAACAUUAUCCAAUGAAGGGUUCUAUUUAUUUUUGUAAUCUUUCCUCUCCACUAGAUGCAAUUCUAUUAUCAUUGAUUGCUCAGAAUGACUUGAUUUUUCUGAUACCUGAUGGUUCUGUUUUGUACAAAAUGAAUUUACAACAACUAAUUAAUUUUAUUAUGGAUGGUUCAUUAUCACCAAAGAAAUUUGGCCAAGAGUUCAGUCAAUAUGCACAAUUGAAAAAUUACGUUACAUAUUUGUUUCCUGAAGGUACUUGUUCCAAUGGUAAAACUGUUUUGCCAUUUAAUAUGAAACAAGACACUUUAGAUGAAUUAAUUGAAGUUUCUAGCUCUUCAUUAAAGAUAAAAACUAUAUAUCUAAAGGGAAACAAUACAUUAGUUACCCCCCUAGGUUCAUCUUCCAAAUUUGCUUACUUGAUUAAGGCAUGUUGGAAAAGUGUCACAAUGAAAUGUAAAAUUAAUAAUGAUGAUGUCAAGCCAUCUCUUGAUUCUAUCAGAAUUACAAUAAAUGAUGGGGACAAAUACAAACUAGUAUCCAAAAAUUUGAACAUUGAAUCGAAGAAAAAAUUCACUCAGGAAUUCAAGUCGUAUAGAAAUUGA